GGUGGCAUAAAACCAGGUAACUCCCCGUAACUACGUACCUAGGUACUUAGCUGGCGGCGGCUGUCGAGCCGCCGGGCGGACCCCACCACCUCAAGCUCCCUUUACGCGCUUUCUGCGGUCCAGAAAGCCAUUAACGCGUCCCCCGCUCCAAGUGUUCGUCAAUCCUCUUUCAGCUCUCAUCUGUCACCUUUCUCUCACAUCUCCGCCCCUAUUGCGCUGAUCUCUCACACCCUCCUUCGUCUCGGCGCAUCCAACGCUCUCGACCUUUCCUCCCUGCGCUCUCGGAUCCUGUCGAGAGGAGCUUGACUGGAGGCGACAGCGAACCGCAUAUACCUUUGAAUACACAACUGGGGCGUUUGAAGCUGAGAUGCCAGACGUUAAGAGGACGGUACGACUGGUCACAGAGCAGAAUGUGAUCGACAAGGAUUCCGGUGUGGAGGGGUUUCCUCUCCGUUCCUGGUCCAUUGAGAUUUACCUCUUGAACGAGCAUGGAGAGCAGGUCCCAGCGAAUGUGUUUGACAAGGUCACAUAUACUUUGCACCCUAGUUUCGGCGAUAGAGCUAUUCAGACUUUCAAGAACCCCCCAUUCAGAAUCUCCGAGGAAGGAUGGGGUGAAUUCGACAUGCAAAUCACACUCCACGCGGAUAAGGACCAUAUCAUCACUCACGAUCUGAACUUCCAAUCUAAUCGCUACGAGUCGAAACAUGUCCUUACAUUCAAGAACCCCAAGCCAGCACUACUGGCGGCUUUGCGGGAAUCCGGUCCUGUUCCCGGCGACGAAAACGGUCUAAAGACGAAGCGCACGGCUGCGGCGGAUGAGGGCAGCAAGAAGAAGAAGAGGGUUGAUAAGAACGUCGACAUGGACAAGCUGGCGGAUGGCCUCCAGAAGCUGGGCGAGGACGAUCUACUCCAGGUCGUCCAGAUGGUUCACGACAACAAGUCUGCCGACUCUUACACGAAAAAUGAUGUCGAACAGGGCGAGUUCCACGUUGACCUGUACACCCUCCCCGAUCCGCUAAUCAAAAUGCUUUGGGAUUUCGCGCAGGAGAAGGGAACGAUAUAAUUGAUGAAUUUGGAAUGAUCUCACGGGAUCCCGAAACAUAAUGUUGUAACUCCUUAUCCAGACAUAGUCGUCUAUUUUGCAGUUCCGCUAUGCAAGAACAAAACUCCUCAGUUGACUCUAGAAUGUCGGUUUGUACCAAGCGUAUAUCAGCAUGCUGGA